AUGUCGAACAAGGUCCAUGAGAGGAGCAUGGAAGUGGAAGAGGAAGAGAGUUCUAAAAAGGCGAGUCCAAAGAUUCAAGAACUUCCGAAGAAGAUGAAAAAGAUUCUAAACAAUAUAUGGAAAGUUGGAAAAGAGGAUCCAAGAAGAGUGAAACAUGCUUUAAAAGUAGGCGUUUCUUUAACACUUGUGUCCUUAUUGUAUCUCCUGGAACCUCUCUUCAAAGGCGUUGGAAAUAGUGCAAUGUGGGCAGUCUUGACAGUUGUGGUCGUUCUUGAGUUUUCUGCCGGUGCAACGUUAUGCAAGGGGCUUAAUAGAGGAUUAGGGACACUAAUUGCGGGAUCCUUAGCAUUUUUCAUUGAAUUUGUUGUUAAUGAUUCUGGCAAAAUCUUCCGAGCAAUUUUCAUCGGCGCUGCAGUUUUCAUUAUUGGAGCGGUGAUUACAUAUCUGAGGUUUAUCCCAUACAUAAAAAAGAACUACGAUUACGGCAUGCUAAUAUUCCUCUUGACGUUCAAUCUAAUAACAGUGUCAAGUUAUAGAGUUGAUACUGUGAUUAAGAUUGCACAUGAGAGAUUCUAUACUAUAGCCAUUGGUGUUGGUAUUUGCCUCUUGAUGAGCCUUUUGGUAUUUCCUAUUUGGUCCGGUGAGGAUCUCCAUAAGAGUACCGUUGCUAAGCUUCAAGGCCUCUCUCUUUCCAUCGAAGCAUGUGUGAAUGAGUACUUUGAGGAGGAGAAAGACAAAGAAACAUCAGAUUCAGAAGACAUGAUCUAUAAUGGAUAUAAGACUGUCUUGGAUUCAAAAUCCACCGAUGAAGCACUCGCAAUGUAUUCAAGUUGGGAGCCAAGACACACAAGACAUUGUCAUAGAUUCCCAUGGCAACAUUAUGUUAAAGUUGGAGCUGUUCUUCGUCAGUUUGGUUACUCUGUUGUCGCUCUUCAUGGUUGCUUAAAAACUGAAAUUCAGACUCCUAGGUCUAUCCGUGUACUUUUCAAGGAUCCUUGCGUUAGACUCGCCGGAGAACUCUGCAAAGUCUUGUCGGAACUCGCCGCAAGCAUUCAAAAUCGACGUCUCUGUUCACCGGAGAUUCUCUCCGAGAGCCUUCAGGUGGCAUUACAAGAUCUCAACUCCGCCCUCAAAUCACAACCUAAACUCUUCCUCGGCUCUAACGAAAACGGCAACAAUAUUUCCCAAAACGGCAAUAGCGGUAGACAUAACCCUUACGUUUCACAACACAUCAACAAAGACACAAACGACGCCGGAUCACGUCUUGCGCAAAAUGCUGUUGUUUCGCGUCCUGGAACGCCUCGCGGCGAAAGAACAUCGCGUUUAGGCCCAAACGGUGGCGUUUCGUUUUCUAGAUUGAAGGCUGACACGUUAGAACGGAGAUCAACGGCGGUAACGUCCGGAGAGCGACGUAUAUUAAGGCAACAGCUGAGCAAGAUUGUGGUGAUGACGAGUCUUGAAUUCUCGGAGGCGUUACCGUUUGCUGCGUUUGCGUCGCUUCUUGUGGAAAUGGUGGCGAGGCUUGACAAUGUGAUCGAGGAAGUUGAGGAGCUAGGAACGAUCGCUUGCUUCAAGGAAUACAACACUGACACUGAUCGGACAGAUGUGGAGGUUCGAGUGGAGAAGCCGGCUGAUCUUGUGGUUGGCGUGGAGUGAAAGUGCCAACAGUUUUGGUUUGGA